AUGGAAAAGCCGAAAUAUUCGUAUCAAUCUCCAUCAGUUUCAUCAGCGACUUCAAGUCAACAAACUCAUACGACCAGAUUAAAAUCUCCUCCGUUAUCGGACUAUGAAUAUGUUGGUCGAUUGGUAACACGUGAACGACCAAUUAUUCGCAAGUCGAAAUCAAUACAACAAAAUCUUGUUUUUCCUCAAAAUAAACAAAAAUUUUAUCAUUCAAUGGCGUCUCAUGGUCGCGAUGUUUAUGAUGAUGUACAAGUUUCAUCGAGUGAUGAUGAUUUGGAUGGUUUAAAUAAACCAUUAGGCGUUAUACGAAUAAGUGAUCGACAUUUACGAGAAAUCUACCGAUUACCAACCCCACCACCCAAGGUUAAACGAGUUUAUCAUCGUCUUAAAUCACCUGAGCCUAAAGUAAUUGAACGAGUAUUUGUUCGUCGUCCUCCACCACAAAUUAUUGAGAAUAUUAUCGAAAUACCACCAGAAAAAGUUCGUAUAAUCCAUAAAGAAAAAUAUUUAGGAAAAACGACACCAAUUACACGAUCAAAAAUAGUACGUUUAAAAUCACGUGAGCAACGCCAAAGAGAAGCAGAAGAACAACAACAGCAAAAUUAUAUUCCAUUUGAGCACUACUCUCAACAAGAAUAUGAACAUCAAACACCGACAAUACCAUCUACUACGUUCGAUCAAUCAGCAGCAACAACAACAGGAACAACACUGGUUUAUCCUCCACAACCAAAUAUGCGUACUGUUGGUUACUUUGAAUCAACAAUUCCACCAGAAGUUAUGUUCAAAUCGAAUAAUCCUCUUCAAAUCCCAGCUCAACAAAUUUCUAAUGAUCCAAUGAUGCAACCAACAUCUUAUAAUCCUUCAUCACAACAAAUACCCCUUCAACAAAUGGGUCAACCAACAUCUUAUAAUCCUUCAUCACAACAAAUAUCCCUUCAACACAUGGGUCAACCAACAUCUUAUAAUCCUUCAUCACAACAAAUACCCAUGCAACACAUGAGUCAACCAACAGCUUAUAACCAUUUACCACAACAAAUACCUUUGCAGAACAUGGGUCAAUCAAUACCCUACAAUUAUCCGUCACAACAAAUACCCAUGCAUCAUAUGGGUCAACCAACACCUUAUAAUUAUCUACAACAAUAG